ACAUGCUCUUUAAACAGAGCCCUUCGGGUACUAAUUGUUUAACAUUUAACCAACCACCGGGUUUUUAACGAAGAUGAUAAGAUCAGGAGAUACAGUGAAGUAUGGGGAGCACGAGCUACAGCAAAUAAAGUUCUUUAACUAUAGCGAAAACAACAAGAAGUCGGUUAUAUUCAUUCAUGGCGGUGCUUGGAGAGAUCCAAAUAAUACCUAUGACGAUUUCCAGGAGAUAAUUGGGAAUAUCUUAUCUAGAGAUGGAUCCAGGGCUAACCUAAUAGGCGUGAAUUAUCGAUUAUCACCCCAAUUUAAACAUCCGUCUCACCUUAUCGAUGUUGUAACGGCAUUGAAUACUCUAAAUGUGCAUUAUUCCAUAGAUAAUAUCAUCCUAGUUGGACAUUCAGUCGGAGCUACGCUCCUAUUACAAUUGCUCAACUAUAAGCAAAUCAUUGACUUGGGAGUCGACAAAUCAGACCCUCGCAUCACAACCAAUCCGCCCGCUUCGCUUAACGUAUCUUUGAAAGACUUGGUCUUCGUAGACGGAAUCUACGAUAUUGUUGACUUAAUCGAUGAAUAUCCUGGUUAUGCUCUGUUUGUCAACGAGGCCUUCAAUUCUCUUCAACACUACAAAGACUCCUCCCAGCUUUCAAGCACCGUCUUUCAACAGAACCCCCUGUUUGCACUUGCUGGAGAAACCCCCAGGUUCACCGUAGUACAGUCACUUCAAGACGAGUUACUCUCCGCAAGACAAACCCAUGGAUUCGUCAAGUUUUUAGACAGCUUGGGCAUCGUCCCCCUGGUCUUCUUCGGCAACUAUGGACUCCACGAACAAGUGUAUAAGCUGGACCAGCUUGCCAACAUCCUAUUAGAGUUAUUAAAUAGCACUAGUCAAUAGUUUUAUAUACACAAAAUUUUUCAACAGAAGUAGUGCGCAGACCAGGG